AUUCAAAGCAGCUGCUAUUUUGCACCUAGUGUAUCCAGAAUGCCGCAACUGAUCAGUAUUUCUUUGUUUGUAGUUUUCUUUGGUGCCAAUACACUAGCUGAUCCCAUUGCAUGUGAUAAUCCAAACAAUAAGGUACAACUGCAAAGUGUUUCGAGUAGUUGUAAUAGAUUUCUGGUCUGCGUCUUAAACACCGGCACGGAGAUCGCCUGUCCGAACGGGUUAUAUUUCGACCAGAACGACGGAAAAUGUGACAAACCUGAAAAAGUCCUAUGUUACAAAUCGGAUGAUGAGGAAAACUGCCAUCCAGCAUGUGUUGGGGAUGCGGAAAAUGUAGCACACAAUGAGAAAUGUGAAAAAUACAUAUCGUGCGUGAAUGGUUGCGAUGGAACAAUGAAAACAUGCCCCGCAGGAUUGUAUUUCAACCCAAUUUUGUUGGAGUGCGACACACCAGACCACGCCGAAUGCCUGUUGAAUAUAUGUGCAGAUAACGCGGAUGAGAAGUGGAUAAUCGUUGGAAGCAUCAACAGUUGCAGGAGGUACUAUUUCUGUUUCGGAAAAACUGUAAUUCCGCAAAAUUGCGCAUAUGGAACAUUUUUUGAUCCGACAACGCUCCGCUGUGAACUUGACUCUGUGACCAAUCCAUGUGACGUAAAUCGUUUGCCAACGCCUCCCGAUUCUGUGAUUGAACUGUGCAAACCGGAUGCCGAAUUAGAGUAUAUUCCACACCCUGAUGAUCGGACUGUUUACUUCCGGUGCCUAAACGGGAACCUCACUGUGCGUCAGUGCCCACCAGGGCUAGUUUUCGAUAAUAGAUUGCAACAGUGUAACUUCCCGGGUGCCGUUGUAUAGCCGUACUUCUAGAAUAGUUGAUAAAUA